CUCUACUCGGAUCCGGAGUCUUCACUCAAAAUUCCACUAGCCCCUCCAGCGUGCAGCCAGUACAACAUGGAAAUUUACUGCUUCACCCUACACAUAAUCAAGAUUAGACCGACCGAACGAGCUGGGAAUAAACGCUGAAUAGCCUGGGAACCAUGAGUCUGCCGUGGCCGUUCCUGUGAUUCAAGCCAACUAUGGAACUUUAUCCUGGAGCACCCACGGAAACGAGAGCUAAUCUCCUACCAAAGCUUGCGAUUAAGCCAUGGAUUCCACCAAAACCAAGACCGCUCAUGUUCGUCAACGCGAUCGUUGUCGAUCCUGCUUCAGGAAAUCUAUUAACUGGAAGACAAACCGUAAAAGUUGAAGGCGGAAGAAUAAUUUCGGUCUCGCCGACCUCAGAUGCUGAAAAUUUCGGAGAUGAUUGUACGGUCGUAGAUCUCAACGGUCUGUUCAUUUGCCCAGGUUUAAUAGAUUGUCAUGUACAUGUCACCGCUGUUCCAGGAGUCAAGACGAUGGGGGAUCUAACAAGGCUUUCUGAACAAGAAGUACAUCUAAGAACGACAUACACCCUGAAAGAAAUGCUCUUACGUGGAUUCACUGCUGUGCGAGACACCGGCGGUGCUUCAAAGGUCAUCGCAAACGCCAUCGAGGAGGGUUUGUUACUCGGCCCGAGAUUGUUCCAAUGUGGGAAGGCUCUAUCGCAAACCGGAGGACACGGUGAUUUUACACCUGCCCUUUCCGGUGGUCCUGAACCUGGUUGUUGUGGUGGUCACUCGAAGCUUUUUGCUCGCGUAGCUGACGGGGUUCCUGCUGUCUUGUCUGCUGUUCGGGGAGAGCUGAAAGCUGGCGCAGACUUCAUUAAAAUCAUGGUGGGAGGUGGCGUGGCAUCUGAAACCGAUGCAAUCGAGACGGUGCAGUAUACUGCUGAAGAAAUUAAAGCCAUCACGACGACAUGCAGACAGAUGGGCGGCAAGAUGUCUACUGCACAUGCAUACACUGUUGAAGCGAUCCGGCAUGCAAUCGACAAUGGAGUUCUUGGUAUUGAACAUGGAAACCUCAUCGACGAGGACACAGCAAAGCUACUAGCUGCCAAAGGCAUAUACCUUACCCCCACGUUAUCUUGUUACGGGAUCAUGGUCCGCCCGCCAUUUGAAGACUUUCUUCCUCCAGACGGCCAAAAGAAAAACGCAGAGGUAAUGAAACACGGUUUGCAGGCAUUGAAGAUCGCCCAUGAAGCUGGAGUCACCAUUUGCUAGUUCGUCCGCUCUCCUUCUUCACAAUAUCGAAUUUCUUUUUCGAACUUCUGGCAUGAUACAAUAGUGGUUCAGAUCUUCUCACCUCGAUGCAGGCUCUACAAACAGAGGAAUUCACCAUCCGAGCCAAAGUCCUUCCGUCACCUGAAAUUCUGAGGCACGCCACGACUAACGCGGGUGAGCACUUCCUUUCUUGCUUGUAGGAGCCGAUUUAUUAUACACCUUUACCGCCUUAGCGAAAAUGCUCAAGAAGCAAUGUUUGCUUGGAACCAUCUCCGCGGACGCGUAUGCCGAUUUGUUGGUCUUGAAAGCGAACCCAUUGGAAGACGUAACUGUUCUAGACAGACCGGAAGAUAAUUUGUUGGCUAUCGUGAAAGGAGGGCGCGUCGUAAUGAGUAGGAUUUCAGGACUGCAUACCGUGUAGAAUCCUGUAGAACCCUGGUAAUCAACCAGUCAUUCCCGCCUGAUCGCGACAAUCUUUUCUGCGGAGCGUUGUCAUUUCGAUAGAGGUGAGCAGAGGCAUAGCUAUUCUGGGUGCUCACAGCUCCCGCUAGAAUGUAAGGAACUAGGACCUCGCGACUAUUGAAAGAAGACUCGACCUAGUAACACCUCGGCGUCAACCGGAGAACCAACGCGAGUCUCCUCUUCAGUUGGGGCCUCAUCAAACGCCAGCCAUCGUCUGUUACCAUCGAAUCCGUUUCAGAAUCCUCUGAUGGUCGGCAAAGUCUGUUGGUAGCGCUUGUAGAAGAAGUUCUACCCGUCGGUAACAACGAUCUUGGUUUCUACAGCCGAUCCGUCUUAUCGUUGUAUUGACAAUUCAGUGCCCCCUAGUCACUAUGUUUCAUAUGGCCA